AGGCCACUCCCUCCAGUACCGGUAUUGCGCCCCUCCUCGUCUAGCUCAAGAAAUCUUGCACCUACUAAUUCGUUUGUUCUUUUUUUGGGGCUUUUGGUUUUGCUGCUACUUAUCUAGAACAAGUGUGGAAGGCUCAACUCUGCUUUACUUACAAAUUUCUAGGAUGAUUUAUGCUUAUGGACCACUUGUUGGGAUACUUAUGGAAAAGACGUGGAUGCUCGACAUUGUUUUCCAAAUUUUCAGUAAAUUAUGGCUUGAGCAGCAGAUGCUGUGCUAUGGGACCUUGUUCCGUCAUGAAAGACUGCAGAUCGUCGAUUCUCAUUCAUCGUGAAAAUAACACAUUGAAACACAUGAGUCGCGUACUCACUAGGGAAGUAAGAUAUUCAAUUCGAAUCCUGAAUUGCUCAAAGUUGCACUAACAACAACUGAAUUUGUCGUUUUCCUCCAGUGAUCAAAACUGAACCGCAUCUCGGUUCUUCGGACCACUGAUAAUGAAAAUGUUGGGUUUCUCUCACCGUUGCACAAGCGUGCAAGUACGUCGUCUGCUUUACCACGGUCUUCAUGUUCCUUCCGGCUGGCCGCGACGUGGUAGCAACGAGGUACUUCGUAAUGCCUGGAGAUGAGGGCAUUUUCCGAUUCCGGAUUAUGUUCGACGAUAGCUCAAAGCUCGGCUACCACUUCAUGAUGCAGCUAUGGGGAAUCAACUGGAUCACCAUCUCCGUGUUUAAGAUUAUUGCAGUGAUGCAGUAUGAAGUCGCAGCAGCGGCGGGCACCGCACGUCGCAGUGUCAGUUAUGGUGUCUAAAUAGGUGCUCGCGGUCGCGGUGUCGUUAAUACUGACAUUGUUGUCAUCGCUGAAGAUUCAUAAAGCCAAACGUUGGACUUAGAUUCACCACUCCAAAAGAUUUCAUUCUCACCUCAUCUAGGUCGAUCAUUAUCGUAAGAGUUCUCUUCUCAUCCUCUGAAGGUUCUAAUUUGGCGGUAGGCACAAAAGCCUAAGCCCUGUGAAGGGCAACCCGAAGCGCAAGGCAGGUACCAUGAAAGCGAGCGGCGUUCGUACACGACGUCAUCAUCGUCGCGAAACUGCUAAUGGACUUCAUGAAAUUUCCAGCCGCUGGCGCUGACCUGACGGGCUGUCUUGUGCUCUUCGCCUUGGAGUUGCUGGCGAUGACUAAACUCUGCUUCUUUUAGAUCAUCAGCACGCAUUCUCAUAUUAAGAAGAUGAGGAUGAUGAACAUGAGGCAACCAUCAACAGUUACAGUACGGGAGGAAGUACCAAUAGAAUAGCAAAGAUGAUGACACGCACUCAUAUUCAAUUAUGUUGAAGAUUUUGAUUCUAAUUCUUGUAGUUAAUCAUCAAGAGCAAGACAACAUUCAUUAUACUACUUGACCCGGAUCUGUCGAUGCAAUACAGACAUAUAAAUGACAAGGUUAGACACGACGCGCGCAAUCAAUCAAUGCUCUUCACUGCGAAGUUUUGUGAGCGGAUGACACGAAAACGCAUCUGGGUAUCUAUUUUUGUUUGUCGACAGCACAUUCAGUGAUUUGCAUUGACAUACAUUCAUCAAACACAUUUACAUCGUACGCAGGCAAUUCAAUAAGUUCGAACCGAAAUCUCUAUCGUAGCCAAAUUAAGCAAUAUAGUUCCGAUAAGGAUAACAAGAACAAGCCG